AUGUAUUAUGCUGAAUCUGAACAAAAUGACAACCUUAUCAAUGUAACGUUAUCGGGACAUUGCGUUAAAACAAGCAGGAUCGUAAAUAUUUUACCUAUUUUAGGACGGAAACAGUGUGUUCAAGAAUGUUCACAGAACGGUAAAUGCAAGUCUGUGAACUACCAAAAACAACAUCUGAAAUGUGAGCUUAUAUCAGCAAAACAUGGCGAUCCGGGAUUAAGUUUAGUACUGGGUUCAAAUUGUGAGUACAUUGAAAUGGAAAAUCAGCCUCAGGAGUUUACUAAAUCCUGUGAGACAACCUCUUCUUGUAGUGGACAUUGCACUUCUCUGACCAGCGGAAAACCAUUCUGUACACAAGAAUCUAAUGAAAAACGCCAAAGUAUAGAAUGUCCUUCAUCAUGGCAGGUUAUUGGGGACAAGAAAUAUUGCCUUGUAAACAAUGCACUCUCCUGGCAGGCCUCUCAAAAUAGCUGCAUUUUGAUGGGGGCAAAUCUUUUGGCAAUAGAAACCGAAGAAGAACAAACUUGGAUUGGAGAAAAACUCUCUGGAAAUGAUUGGUGGAUAGGGGGUACAGAUGAAUAUUCUGAGGGCAUUUUUUACUGGAAACACUCAUACACAGCGUUGAAUUUCACAAACUGGUAUGAUGGGGAACCGAACGCACUUGCGGGAGAAGAUUGCAUCGAAAUGUAUUCCGGAGGUGGCUGGAAUGACAAUUUGUGUAACUCAACUCGUUCCUAUAUUUGUGAAAAAUAGAUAAAAUAAUGAAGAACUUUUUUUUAAAGGAAAGUUACAAACCAAAGAGCUUUAAAUGGCAAUGUUGAAAUGAAGGUCAAGUUUAUAAAUAAGACACUCCCCGGUUUAAUCUGAAUUACUCUUUUCUACUCAACAGUAUAUGAUUGAAAUUUGGAUUCUUAAAUAAAACUUCUAUGAAAACAUUUCCAUCUUCAGUGAUAAAACUGUUAUAUUUUAAGUUUUUAAAAAUAAAAUGCAAAAA